AUGUUUUUAAGUUCCACAGCCACCGAACCCAUACCAAAAAGGAAUAAGAUUGCAGUCAAGUCACCUGCUGCUGGUUCUAAAUCUCAAACCAGGUCAAAGUCACCAAAAGCAAAGUCACCAAAAGCAAAGUCAACAGCAUUGAAAGUUUUAAAUAAAAGUACAACACAGUCCAAAAAAACCCCAUGGACAUCCUCAUCUCAAAACAACAACACAAACUCAGUUGAUCUUGAUGACAGUGACAGUGAUGAUUUUGAAGGCACAUCAUCCGGGUCUUGUAGGCGACCUGUUAAAAAAAACAACCCAACAAACUCAGUUGUAUAUGAUAACAAUAAUUAUGACAGUGAUUGUUUUGAAGUGACAUCAUCCGGUUCUUGUAGGGAACCUGUUAAACAAAAACACCCAAAAAAACCAGUUGAUCAUGAUAACAGUGAUGAAUAUGAAGGCACAUCAUCUGGUUCUUCUAGGAAACCUGUUGAAAAUAGUGACAUAACUGGCAGCUCACCACUUCUCAGAGUUUCCAGGUCUUUGUUCAAUGUGCAUAAAAGUUCUGACAGAAUACAUAACAACAAUAAAGAUCAAGUGACCAAUCAUUCUUCUAUGGAACAGGAAGCAGGUAAUGUUUUAAUCCUAAAAUCAACAAAGAACAAAAAUCAGUUUUUUGCAGAGUAGACCAAAACUAAAAAAACUAAACUAAGUUUUUAUUAUCUGUUGUUUAAUUAUUUUUGUUGAUAAAGUCUUUCAACCAAAGCGUCCUCGUCAUUGCCUUUAGUCAUUUCCUUAUAUUACUAUGGCUUUACUAUUUGGAGGAUUUUAUUGAUUUAUUAAUCAUUUAUAUUUGAAAUAUUUAUCUCUUAAUAAUUUUUUUUUUAACUUGUUUAAUUCAAGAUCAUACCACAUUUCCAGAGUGAAUAACACAAAGAUUAAAAAUUAAAGCUUAAAUUAAGUUAAAAAUAAGAAUGUUGAGCAAAAACAGGUUUUAAAACUAAAACCGGUUGUGGAUUUUGGCAAACCAGUCACAAAUUUUUUUGUAUAAUUAUAUAAAAAAUAUUUUAAAAAAUCAAAAUUUAUAAAAAUAAUAAUAAUAAAAUACCCAAAUAAUAAAUGUAUUAUUAUUUAAUAAAUGAAAUACUUAAAGAAAAAUUAAGAUACUGUUUAAUGCAUAAAAUUGGUAGGAACAGUGGUCGACUUUUAUUGCAAGCUUUUACUGUAUGAAAGAAAUUAACAAGUUUGCAGAUCACAUUCACCCAUACUUUUACCCUGCCCUGCCCCACGCCACCUUUAUAUUAAUGAAAACUGCAAUCUAAAGAAAAGACAUAAAGAGAGAAAUAAGCUAUUUAGUAUAAGAAAUGGUCUGAAAUUAUUGUCCCCCUUGCCCCAAACAAAAAAAACUCCUGGGACAAAAAUAACCCUCCUUUCCCCUCCUAUGCCCGUGGAUAGUCUGGUCUAAAAAAUAUUAUGUCGACAUGAAAUGGUUUGAGGAGAGGUUAAGAAUACUUUUCAAAUAAGGGUCAAGUUCUGGGGGGAAUAGUGUGGGAACUCAUCCAAAACCUCAAUACAUUUGUAUUUUUUUAGCAAAAAGUAAAAAAAUGUAAAAUUACAGGAACAUUCUUCCAUACCUUCCUGCAAACUCGUGCCCCAAUAGUACAAACUGAAAUCUGGUUAAAAACUUGAUUUAUAUAACUGAAAACAGCUUUGCAAAGAAUAAAAUAUAUUUUUAACAUCACUAGUUACAAUAGAUAAAAAUUGAACAUUAUCCUUUUUUUUUUUUUAAAGUAAGGCAAUGAGGAAAUGAUAAUACAAAUUAGAAAAAAACACAAACUUAUUAGCCACACUCUAUAAGUUGGCAUGGAUGGAUCAGAUGGAGUCUAUAAAUGUGUACUAAUUGGUUUUACUUACACUUGCAGCCCUUUAAAAUAAAAUUCUCUUACCUUGAUAGGUCAAGUUCUCAUCAGAAGUAUGAGAAAUGGCGUACAUGUUGCAGUUCAAACUGAACAAACAGAGAGUGAGUCAGAGAGUGAUGUUUUUACCAGGACAAGUAGUACAUUCCAUCAAAAUGUACAUAAACUAAUAGAGAAGAUAACAGAAACAGACAUAGGGGAUGUGAGU